UCUCACGCGCAGCUGUUCAUGACGUGUGUAAUAUUUGUAAAAAUAUAGAAAAGUGUAAACUGUUAUAAUUGCAGUUGCACUCAACAUAAAUGUGGCUAAAAAUGCUUCAUAGAAAUCAUAAGAUUCUACUGUUGCUAUUACUGGCAGUAGUUGCCAUAUUGAGAGUGACAGCGUCGGACAAUGACAAGGAAAAUGCGAAUGCAAAUGUGUCCACAUCUGUUGUUGCUGUUGCAAGUCAAACUGGAGUGAAUGUUACAACGAAAGACCUUGCAAGUGGCAAUGUGGUGAAUGGAACUGUAGCGCCGCCUUCAAAUAGCAGCUCCACCUCAACAAAAAACUCUACCGUAUCGCCAUCUACAGAACCGUCAUUGAUUGAUUCGCACGCCGUAGAGCAGGAGCACAAUUCGUCACUGUCGCUCUUUUUUGUUAUAUGUGUCAUAAUGCUGGGCAUUCUACUCAUACAUUGUAUGCUACAAACUGGAUUCCAAUACCUACCAGAGUCCAUUGUUGUGGUUUUUCUGGGCGCAUUCAUUGGUCUCUCGCUUAAUGUGAUGUCUGGCGACAACGGCAGCUGGAAACGCGAAGAGGAAGUGUUCUCACCAAUGGGUUUCUUUCUUGUGCUAUUGCCGCCCAUCAUUUUCGAAUCUGGCUAUAAUUUGCACAAGGGCAACUUUUUUCAAAACAUUGGCUCGAUUCUCGUCUUUGCCAUAUUUGGAACAACUAUUUCUGCACUGAUAAUUGGAGCCGGCAUUUACCUAUUGGGCAUGGCUGAAGUGGCUUAUCGGCUAAACUUCUCCGAAUCUUUUGCAUUUGGCAGCUUAAUAUCCGCUGUUGAUCCUGUUGCCACAGUGGCAAUAUUUCAUGCACUUGACGUGGAUCCCAUAUUGAACAUGUUGGUUUUUGGCGAAAGCAUUCUUAACGAUGCCAUAUCAAUUGUCUUAACUGCAUCCAUAACAAUCAACGCCAAUGCUGAGGCUUCUACUGGCGAGGCAAUAUUGAGUGCUCUGAAAACAUUUUGUGGCAUGUUCUUUGCCUCUGCAGGCAUAGGCGUUGUAUUUGCUCUUAUCUCCGCCCUAUUGCUGAAGCAUAUCGAUCUGCGCAAGCAUCCGUCUCUAGAGUUUGCAUUUAUGUUAAUGUUCACCUAUGCUCCUUAUAUGUUAGCUGAGGGCAUACGCCUGAGUGGAAUCAUGGCUAUACUCUUUUGUGGCAUUGUCAUGUCGCACUAUACGCAUUUUAAUCUAUCGACUGUGACGCAGAUAACAAUGCAGCAAACAAUGCGCACCAUGGCUUUCAUAGCUGAAACUUGUGUAUUUGCCUAUCUUGGUCUGGCGAUAUUUUCAUUCAAGCAUCAGGUAGAGCUAUCAUUUGUCAUAUGGUCUAUAGUACUGUGCCUCAUAGCACGCGCCUGCAAUAUAUUUCCGCUGGCCUAUUUGGUGAACAAGUUUCGUGAGCACAAAAUCAAUAACAAAAUGCAAUUCAUCAUGUGGUUCUCUGGGCUACGUGGUGCCAUUUCCUAUGCAUUGUCACUGCACUUGCAUCUGGACAGUCAGGAAAAGCGACGUGUGAUUAUAACAACAACGCUUAUAAUUGUGUUAUUCACAACACUUGUCUUGGGCGGCUCCACAAUGCCUUUGCUAAAGUACCUUAAGCCAGGCAAGAAGCGUAGAACUCGCGGAGCAGGCAGCACAAACAGUAGCCAACGUAGCAGCAGUAGAAGUCGUAAGCGUAGUAAAUCGAUUUCAUUAUCAAAGACUCGCGAAUGGGGUCAGGCCAUCGACUCGGAGCACUUAUCAGAGCUUACCGAGGAAGAGGACGUUUCGUUUACCCAGGCACGUGAUCGCUUUGGACGCUUGGAUCGAAAGUACUUUAUACCCUUUUUCACACGCCGUUUUAAUAGUCAGGAACUGCAUGAAUGCAAGUCACAAAUGACAGAUUUGACAAAUAAAUGGUAUCAGGCGAUACGCAUUAGUCCACUCGAUUCGGAUGAGUCCGACGAGGAUAUUGGCUUAACAGCCACCACUAGUCAAGUCAACCUAACAAGAACACAAGCUUAAGCGUCAAGCUGCUUUGAUAUGAGGCCAAAAUGUCUAGUUAAAACCAUUUAAUAAUUGAAUUUGUUAUCUGCAGACACUUUUUAUAAGCAACAUAUAAAAUUUAUGAAUUUUCUCUAAGUAUUUGCAUUAGCUUUAUGUGUUAUAUAGAUGUAUGUACACGUGUAUACUUUACGCAGUAUUCAAAAUCUUGAAGGUCCUAAACUGGGUGAUUGAUAAACUUUACAAGAAAAUAUUGAUAAAUA